ACUAAUUAUUAAACUAAUAAAACUUUAAAAUUAGGAUUUGAAACAUAAAAAUUUUAAUUUAAUAUAAAAAACGCUUAAAUCACACUCAAUUUAAGAGCCGAAUUAAACAGCUUAAGAAAUCACUCAAUAAAGAAAGCUUCACUUUUUUUGUACUUCCAACAAUAACUUUCACUCACAACUAGUUAACAUAAAAUUACACUCACUCUCACUCUUAAUAGCAACUAAAAACUAUAAAUUUUAAGACAAAACAAACAAAAAGAAUUAAACUAAAAACCAAAACAAAAGUAACGUAAUAUUUACUAAAAAAAAACAGAAAACACACUCAUACAACACGAUAAACCAACACUCAUACGUAAAAACAAAUGCUUCCGCAUGCUACGGCUGCUGUAAUAGUAACGAAUGAGAAAAAAAGUUUCCCACAAUGAUUUGUAAAGCACAGCACAGCGCCACUAUAUAGUUGAGCAGAAGAAGCAUGAAACAAAAAGCUUAAAAUUAUUACGAGUAUGAACAAACAAUUUUCUUGGGGAUGGUGUAUGUGUGAGUGUGUUGUUUCCCAACACACAGAGAGCGUAAAAGCUUAAACUCAGUUAAUAAUAGUUAUUUUAGCCAAAAGCAAAAGCAGUAGCCUGAGUAAAAAAUGAAUUCUUUUUUGGUUUUGUUUUUGAUCGUGCUGAGUGAAAGAAAAGAAAUGCACACUAACUACUGGUCUAAAGCAGCAGUUAAAAGGAAUGUAAUCACUUAAGGGAAGAAAUGUUUUGAAAUUUUAAAACUCACAGUUACCCGUUCGUAUGUUACGCAAAGUAAUAAGUAUAACUUAGACAUAGAUCGUGGACAAUGAGACUAGUCCACGGUCUAUGUCCACGGUGGUCUUUUUCACAGUGUUAGCUAGAGAAGAUUUACAAGCUACUCAUUUUAGUGCUGUGUUAGAAUAUCCGAGAAUAUUGAGUUCUUAUCUAAAGCUUUUUCUCUACAACAUACUCACACCAUCACCGUUAGGAGGGACCCUGUUGACUUGUCAACAGAACCUAGAGUUUAAUUUGUUAAACCGAAGAUCUUUAUCAAAAAAAGGCAACGCCUUAAACGUUAGGUCCGGUAUGAGUAGAGGAAAUAUAGGAACAUACUUGAUCAAUGAAGAGAAAUUAAACUCAUUACACAGAUCUUUGCACGAUUCACUUAUAUCUAUCACAAAAGCUCCCACAUCUUUUACGCAAACUACAUCCUGCAUUUGUAUAAUCAACUUGGGGUCCUGUUGAUUCGGAAUCCUGUUGAUUUCAACACCAGCACCCGAAACUUAUCAUAAAUAACUUCUUGAGUCAAGUUGCAUUGAUACCUAUCACAAAAGCUGACACACUUAUAAAGAGCUCUAUAUGUUGCUCUUGUAAAAGCAACCCAGUUUCAAUAUAUUUUGACUCCGGAUCCAAUAUUUUUUGGGGUCCUUUUGAUUCAGAAUUUUAUCAUUAAUCCCGAAGAUCAUUCAAAUAGAUCAGAUAAGUCGUUUUUACCCUUCCAAUCUUAGAAUACUACCAGUACCUCUAUAUCUAAUGAUUACAAUAACAUUAAAGUGAGAUCAUUUUAAUAAUGUAAAAAGGCCUCGAGACGGCGGUCAGAGUUAGAAUAGUUUUCACUGGGAAUAAGCUUAACGUUUCCCAAAUGAUGAUCCGUGAUAUUCCGUUGAGGUUCAGCAGUAACAUAUCAGGGAGGCCGCGAAAUGCCGCAUUCUUAGUUUGAUAUUUUGUUCUCUUUACGAAUCAGAAUGCACAGUAAUAAGUCAUCGCUAAAAACUUACUCUGAUAAGGAGGAAUUGCGGAGUAAAUGCUUUAAUAACGCUUCUCAACAAAAUCAUGGAAAAAAGAUUAGUAUUACAUGAAAAGAAAGAUCAGAGCUUUAACAAUUGUCUCUCAAUCAUAUUGUUUAAAUCAGAAAAGAACCUCCGGCUAUGGUAGGUUAGUGUUCUAGUUUGGUAGACCGAUGUUUGUAAGUUCGAUUCCCACCUGAACCACUGGUCUAAAAGCGCACAACAGGCCUGAUAAAGAUCUUGGUGUAUAUAUUCUCAUUUAAUGUAUAUACAACCUUCUUUGAAACUAACUUACGGUUCUUAUUAGUUUGAGGUAUUGGGAGCUUCCAUACAAAACUCGGAAAUUCUCUAAAAAAAAAAGCUUUUUUAAGCUUAAUUUAUAUCGAACGAUAUAACUCCUUUAAACCCCGCUCUUUUGCCAUACAAACUAAAAGCGGGAGAAAUAAAAACACAAAACCGAAAAGAAAGAAGACCUGACUGAUAAAUUGGUGAGUGUAUUUCUGUGUAUUUUUCAGACAAUUUGAGUGUGUGUGUGUGUCACUCAAGUCAGCAGCGGUAUUAAUAAAGCGUUUGGAUUUUUGUGUGCGCUUUUUUUCGUACUAGUUGUUGUUAUUGUCUUUCUUUCUUACAAUUGGGUUUUGUGUUUUUUUGUUGUGCUUUUGUUUUGUUUUUGUUUUUAAGUUGGGUUUUCAAAGCGUAUACCCUCUGCACACUAUAGUGGGCUAAAUGGCUGUGGCUGGUUGACGGGUUGGUUGUUUGUUUGUUUGGCUGUCUAACUGAAUGAAGAGCAUUAAGCGUUUUUAGUCAACAUAUGGACACUCACUCUUAAAGCGUUUAGCAACGUUACCGGUGUUAUUAACGGACUUGGAUUUUUUUAACCCGCUUAAAUAAAAAUAAAUAACGAUAUCGUGGUUUCAAAUUUUUGAAAAAGCAAGAAACGUUUUUGCAAAGAUAUAAUCAAAAGAAAAGUUUUUUAAGCAAAAGAAAAACGUGUGAUUAGAAUAGUUUUUUUAAAUAAAUUUUGAUAAAAAUUAAAAUUUUAUAAAAAAGUGAUAUAUUGUUGUUUAUAGAAUUAAAUUCAAAUAGAUAAAAAAUAAUGAUCUCAUUUAACAUUAGAAAUAUUUUAAACAAUCUGUAGCAAAAUUUUAAAUAUAAAAAAUACAUUAAUCACGAAUCAUUUGACAAAAAUAAAAGUGUUUAGAAUUCUAAGAGAAUCGUUAAGAUAUACAAAAUAAAAUUAAAAUUCAAAACUUGCUUGAGAGCCGUGUAGAAAAGUAGACACCUUUAAAUAAAACCCGAAUAAAUGUUCUACUUAAAUUUGAUUUUUUAAAUAUUGUUUCAAUCAAGGUUAAACUUUUGAAUAAAAGUUUUAAAAAAUCUGUGCAUACAUUAAACUUGAAACAGAAAUUUAAGAAUUUCUUAAACAAAAAAAAAUAAAUUUUUUAAAAAGUGUAAAACUACAAGUUUGUUAAAGCUUAAAGCUUGUCAAAAAGAAUAAAAAGCAACAAAUAACUUGCAAUUGAGACAACAACAAAAGAAAUAAGAAUCUGUAAUUGAACGUGUCUUUUAUUUAUGAAUGAAUUUUCCAUGUUGCAAUAUACGAAAUUUAUUUCCGUGUAAUUAUUGUUUUUCUGGUAUUAAUUAAAUGAAUGAAUGUGCGUGAUUUAUCAAUGAGAAUGGAUUAUCAAUUGCCACCGCAAACUUUACAGUUGGCCAGCAAUGCAGUGGUGGGCAGCUUAAUGAACAGCAGCAAUAAUGCACUAAGCCAACAGCAGCUUAAUCAACAGCAAAAUGCUCAAUUACAGCUGCUGCAACUUAAUCAUCAUCAGCAACAACAGCAGCAGCAACAACAGCAGCAGCAACAACAGCAACUUGUGAAUAAUCAACAGCAACAACAGUUGUUAAAUCACAUGACUGGCGGGCAGCAAACAUUGCCCUCUUUAAGUAGUCUACCCCUGCAAGUUGUCAAUCAAUUGCCACAUUUAUUGGCCAAUAAUGCCGUAACGCUAAACAGCAGCAGUAAUAAUAGCAACAACAACAACAACAACAACAACAAUAAUGCAAAUAUUAAUAAUUUAAAUAUACUCAAUAAUAAUUUAAACAACACAUCCUCCGCACUCAACAAUAACAACAACAACUCAAACAACAAUAAUAAUUCAUCGCUUAAUACAAAUCUCACCAACAAUACUCCCAACAAUAAUAACAACAAUAAUAGUACGAGUAAUAAUGUUUUACUACGUAAUACCAUGCAACAUGUGGCAAAUGCCAAUCAACAAUUGCAACAAACCAUUAAUAAUUUAAGUAAUAAUUUGGUUUCCUCUCUACCACCCAGUAGUCAAUUGUUGCAACAUCAUUUACAACAUUUAGCCAAUGUACAACUUAACAAUAACACCAACAGCAAUAAUAACAGCAACAGUUCUUCACCCAGCAACAAUAAUACUGCCACCAGCAAUAACAAUAAUAAUCUCUUGCUGAAUAGCAACAACAACAACAAUCCCUCCACACCAAAUAAUAACAAUCUUGCCACACAUUUAAGUGACAAUGUGGUGGCUCACAAUAUUGUCAAUGGUCUGGUGGGUGUUUUAAAUAAUGUCAACAACAACAACAGCAGCAACAAUAUCAGCAAUAAUACGAAUUUAACUAAUAAUGCUUUAAAUAAUACGGUGAAUCAAAAUUCUACAGCAAAUAGUAUAGAGGACAACAAUCGCUGGACUCAAUUUCAAGUGCAACAAUUAUGGAAACAACAUGCUUCUUAUUUGAAUGGUAAAUCCACAUCGAAUAGUAAAGAAGUAAUUUGUCCCGAUGACAAAUACAAAGAAGAAGGUGAUCUCUGGAAUGUUGAGGCUCAAACGGCCUUUUUGGGUCCCAAUCUAUGGGAGAAAGCCCUACCGUAUGAUGCUGAUCUUAAGGUAACACAAUAUGCCGAUUUAGAUGAAUUUUUAUCGGAAAAUAAUAUACCUGAUGGCUUGCCUGGUACCCAUUUGGGACAUUCAAGUAGUUUGGGUCAUCGUUCAGAUUCCCUGAGUCAUGCAGCUGGUCUGUCACUGGGACUUGGACAUAUAACAACAAAACGCGAACGAUCACCAUCACCUUCAGAUUGUAUUAGUCCGGAUACCUUGAAUCCACCAUCACCAGCUGAAUCAAUAUUUGAUAUUCCAGCAUUUUCCUUUGCAUCAUCGGGGCGGGAUUUCGAUCCGCGCACUAGAGCAUUUUCCGAUGAAGAGCUCAAACCGCAACCCAUGAUAAAAAAAUCACGCAAACAAUUUGUUCCAGAUGAACUUAAGGAUGACAAAUACUGGGCCCGUCGACGAAAGAACAACAUUGCUGCCAAACGUUCACGAGAUGCCAGACGACAAAAAGAGAAUCAAAUCGCCAUGAGGGCGCGAUAUUUGGAAAAAGAAAAUGCUACAUUACACCAAGAGGUAGAGCAGCUAAAACAGGAGAACAUGGACUUACGUGCACGUCUCUCAAAAUUCCAGGAUGUGUAAUGCUAAAUAUUUCUUCUUCAUACUUUGUUACUAAAUAAUUAAUAAUUUUUAUUACAUUUUUUUUCUUAAACUUGUUUUAAUUUUCAAUAAUUAAAACAAAACACCUCCUAAAAUUUGUUAAAUUUAAAACAAAGUUUUAAAUAUUUUUUUUAAGAAACAAAAGAAAAAAACACACACAUAUAAUUGUUAAUAAUAUUUUUUAAACACUUACAAAAACAAACAAACAUUUUUACAUAUAAAAAUUUAUGUAAUUUAAAACUUAAAUUUAAUUUCCCCUUUAAUCCCCCUCAUAUUCCCCAAGCAAUAAUUUUUCUCCCCAUCUCUGUAAAUUACCAGCUACACAAACAAAUAAAAACUCAAUUAUAAAUUUA